UCCAUUUAAUUUUACCGCAAGGGGGGCCUGAACCGAAAAAAACAAAAAAAAGCAGAAAACAAUACAGAAAACAUACAAACGGGAAGACCUCUCUCGAAAAACCCUUACCCCCGUCUCUUAACCCCCUGCGUCCUCUUUCACAAAGCCAUUGUCUCUCAACCCUCUGCGUCCGACCCACAAGCUAGGAUUCAUUUGCAAGCAUCAUAUAAAAUACCUCAUCUUCUUCAAGCAAGGAUUCAUUUGCAGGCUUCCACCUUCUUCAACAACAACAAGAUGGCGCUAACAAGGUCAAUACUAAGAAGAGAUCUUGCCACACCACUAAUCAUGAAUGUAUUGGGUUCUUAUUUUAAUUCAGAGGCUUUCGCCCUUCAUGACACAUGGAAUGAAUUAAGUUCACCAGGUUUCUCCAGGACGCAAAAGUUCAGCACCAUCCAUUUUACCCCUUCUUCAACCCCAUCAAGCAAGACUUGCCUUUCUACCCUUUUUCCAACACACAGUCACUCCACAGGUCUUAAUAUUGAGCUAGUUGAUCUUGACCCUUGGUGGGUUUCAUCAGAUGAUGCCCAAGACUCGAUAGAAACACAUGAAGAAGCAAACAAAGGGAACACCCAUGAAGAUGGAUCAAAUUCUUCUUUAGUAGUGGACAAAGAGUUUGAUUUUGAUGAGAUAGAGGACAUGAGACUCCAUGGUAAUCUCUAUUAUAGGCUGGACAGGGAUUCUCGAGAGUUCGAGGAAUACAAUUUUGACUUCCAUCGAAGGAGAAAAACAAAAAAGCCCGAAGAGACAAGGGCCAUAAACAAACAACCUGAAGCCAAAUCCAAGCCACUAAAGACUCUUAGCUCUCUUGAAGUUGGAGAGCUCACCAUGAAUAAGAAUCGGGCUUCACUGCAAAAAGCUGGUAAUGGUUCUUUUAGUGCAAAUGACGCUACUACUUGUUUGGUGGGUGAUAAAAAGCUGCGUUCUCCAACAUAUAACCAACUCACUGACCCUUAUAUGCAACCCUUUUGCCUUGAUGUAUACAUUUCAAAAAGCUCAGUUCGUGCUUGCAUAAUUCACAGAGUAACCAGCAAGGUUGUUGCAGUGGCUCAUUCUAUUUCUAAGGACAUGAAGCAUGACUUAGUUUCAACAAAGGAUUCAAUUGCUUGUGAAGCAGUGGGGGUUGUUCUAGCACAGCGUGCCAUAGCAGACGAUAUACACAAUGUAGUCUACACACCAAGGAAAGGGGAGAAGAUUGAAGGAAAACUUCAGAUUGUCUUGCAGUCAUUGAUUGAUCAUGGGAUUAAUGUCAAGGUUAAAAUAAAACAACGAAAAACCACAAGGGUACAUUGUCCAGAUUAUGUGAAGUAGCUGUGUGUUGUCUUGGCAAUUGGAUUCCUGUAAUAAUGUGUUUAUAAUAACUCAAUUGACAAAAUGUAAUGGUGAUUACCUUGCAUUUCUUGGG